AUGCAAAAACAACAGAACAGACACUCUUGGACAGACGAGGAGCUGAACAUUCUCUCGUAUCUCCGAUACGUCCGCCGCUGGCGCUUCAAACAAAUCCAAACGUCAUACUUCCCAUCACUUUCCCCGAGUGCACUCUUAGGAGCCUACUGGCGCCUGUCCACUAAAGACCGCAUACGCCGAGCAUCGGGGAUCACUAUUCCAGUCACCUCUCCUCGCAACACUGUGAAAGACUUCCAAAGUGCCUCCAAACCUCAACCCGCGUGUUCCAGUAUCGAACAAGAGCCAAGUCACCAUAUUUGCCCCAUCUCUGGCGCUUCCUAUCAGCCAGGAAACAGCGUUGAGGCUUUGGUCCAGGCCCCACCAAGCCCUGCGGCCGGAGGCGAGCCAUUUAUAUACAAUAACAGCAAUAUGAGCCGCUACAAACUCCGGCCAAACAGACCUUCAACCUUCCCGCAAAGGAAGCCACGAUAUCUAGUUGACCGGCACCGUUUCCCUCGCUUCUUUAGAUCGUAUAGACUCUCUCGAGAUCUCCACGGGCUUCCAGACAGGGACUAUACUCCUCCAUCUCGGACGCCUACACCAAACUCAUCAGACCGUAGCCUUUCCAUCGUUUCGAGCCUCCCCAGUGCGGCAUCGAGCCUUGAACUCUUCGGCUUGGAAGUGCGUUCUCUUCACUCAUCAGAUCGUGAAUCGGUUUCCUCCGAUCCGCCCAACGACAUAUCCAGCCCAGAAUUCUUCAGCUCAGAAGAGCGCCCAUUGCCAACAUGA